AAUUUAUUCCACUUUAGACUACCAGUGGAGAGAGAGAGAGAAACAGAACCUUUGACUACCCCCAUUUCAACUCUCUCUCUCUCUCUCUCUCUCUCUCUCUCUCCCCUCUGGUCGGCUUCUGACCUUCACGAAGCCCGACGACUACGUCCAGCCCGAGUAAUAACUCAGCUCACUUCCUCUCCGACGGCUUAAUCCGUUAGGAAUACGCGGAUUUGACUGUCCUUGCGUCGAAGACUUCGAUUCGGAGCGAAGACUUGAAUGAGGAACCUAGGUUUCUAGCUGAGGCGAUGGAUCGGGCGGCGUGGGCGAUCUCGCUCUGCUUUGUUCUGGUGGUUUCUCUGUUACUAGGGGCGCACGGUAACUCGGAAGGUGAUGCUUUGAAUGCACUGAAGACUAACUUGGCUGAUCCUAAUAACGUUCUGCAAAGUUGGGAUCCUACACUUGUCAAUCCCUGUACUUGGUUUCACGUCACGUGCAACAGUGAUAACAGCGUAACAAGAGUUGAUCUUGGAAAUGCUAACUUAUCUGGUCAACUGGUUCCACAACUCGGGCAGCUUCCAAAUUUGCAGUACUUGGAACUUUACAGUAACAACAUAAGUGGGAGAGUUCCCAACGAGCUUGGGAACUUGACAAAUUUGGUGAGUUUGGAUCUUUACUUGAACGUUUUGAGCGGUCCCAUUCCAGACACACUGGGCAACCUUCAGAGAUUACGUUUCCUGCGGCUUAACAACAACACUCUGUCGGGAACAAUUCCUAUGAUAUUGACUACUAUCGAAUCCCUUCAAGUCCUUGAUCUAUCGAAUAAUCGGUUAACAGGAGACAUCCCAAUUAAUGGCUCCUUUUCGCUUUUUACUCCCAUUAGUUUUCAAAAUAAUCUGUUGAUAACUCCUCCAGCUGCUCCUCCUCCUCCUGUUUCGCAAACACCCCCUUCUCCUUCUCCAGUAGGCAGUGGUACCACUGGAGCCAUUGCUGGAGGAGUUGCUGCUGGUGCUGCCCUGUUGUUUGCUGCCCCUGCAAUCGCACUUGCUAUGUGGAGACGAAGAAAACCACAGGAUCAUUUCUUUGAUGUACCUGCCGAAGAGGACCCAGAAGUUCAUCUAGGACAGCUCAAGCGGUUUUCUUUGCGUGAACUACAAGUUGCAACCGAUAAUUUUAGCAACAAAAAUAUUUUAGGGAGAGGUGGAUUUGGUAAGGUCUACAAAGGACGCUUGGCUGAUGGCUCUCUCGUGGCAGUGAAAAGACUAAAAGAGGAGCGUACUCAGGGUGGGGAGCUGCAGUUCCAAACAGAAGUGGAAAUGAUCAGUAUGGCUGUCCAUCGAAAUCUACUCCGUUUACGUGGAUUUUGCAUGACACCAACUGAACGGUUGCUUGUCUAUCCGUAUAUGGCCAAUGGCAGUGUUGCAUCGUGUUUAAGAGAGCGAUCUGAAACGCAGCCCCCGCUUGAUUGGCCAAUAAGGAAGCGAAUUGCUUUGGGAUCCGCUAGAGGUCUUGCAUAUUUGCAUGAUCACUGUGACCCGAAGAUUAUUCACCGUGAUGUCAAAGCUGCAAAUAUAUUGUUGGAUGAGGAAUUCGAAGCAGUUGUUGGAGACUUUGGCUUGGCUAAACUAAUGGAUUACAAGGAUACUCAUGUUACCACUGCUGUACGUGGGACCAUUGGGCACAUUGCUCCUGAGUACCUCUCAACUGGAAAGUCCUCUGAGAAAACUGAUGUUUUUGGUUAUGGGGUCAUGCUUCUGGAGCUCAUCACAGGACAGAGGGCAUUUGAUCUUGCUAGACUUGCCAAUGACGAUGAUGUCAUGUUGCUUGAUUGGGUAAAAGGACUUUUGAAAGAGAAGAAGUUGGAAACACUGGUUGACGCAGAUCUGCAGGGUAAUUACAUUGACGAAGAAGUGGAGCAACUCAUUCAGGUGGCCUUACUCUGCACACAGGGCACCGCAAUGGAACGUCCCAAGAUGUCUGAAGUUGUCAGAAUGCUUGAAGGCGAUGGAUUAGCUGAGAAGUGGGAAGAAUGGCAGAAGGAAGAGAUUUUCCGCCAAGAAUUCAACCAUACCCACCACCAAAAUGAUGAAUGGAUAAUUACUGAUGGAAAUGCCCUUCCUGAUUCCACUCCCAAUCUCCGCCCAGAAGAAUUAUCCGGUCCGAGAUGAUCUUCAGUGGUUUUAAACGACCACUCUUAUUCAAAUGUGGUAUUUAUCGGUUUUGUGCAUAUGCUUUUCUUCUUUUUUGCAUCCAUUUUUCCAAAGCCCAGCGUAUAUGUCGGGAGUUUUUAGGUUGCUGUAAUGUUUAUAAGGUCACCGCGUGGCAUGAUGAAAUUUCCAGGUGCAGGAAAAAUCAUGUCUGGUCAUGCCGUAGUGCCAGUACACAUUAUUUUAAUGCUUCGGAAUAGUAUAGGUUGUGUACACGAAUAAAAUGCAUUUUUUUUUUAAUCUCAGUGAAUAACACUUGUUUGCAUCGACCUACAAUAAAA